UCUCUCUCUCUCUCUCAGUGCGCGCGCCGGCUCCUCAUAUCCCCGGUAGCCCGGUGUCGGUGGCGCACGCGCUGCCUUCUGCGCGCUCGGCUUCACGCGGACAGGACGCACACACAGAGAGCGCGCGCUCGGGACGGAGCAACGGACACAGACGGACCAGAGCGCAGUCAUGCCGGUCGGCGGUGCGUGCGCGCGCAAGUCGGCUCGCCGCUCGCGCUCCGCGCUGAUCGCCGCGCUCACCGUGCUGCUCGUGCAGACGCUCAUCGUGUGGAACUUCAGCAGCCUGGACUCGGGGGACACCGGGGGGACCGGCGGGGGGGCGACCGGAGGAGGAGGAGGAGGAGGAGGCGCAGUGAGGGAGAAGAGAGACCGGCUCGGGGAGAACAAAGCGUACGGGGAGAACCGGCGGGCCGGCGGGGAGCAGCUCGGGAGGGGGAGUCUCCGCCACGAGCGGCAAACGGAAGUCGGCUACUCGCACCGUCCCAAGGAGAAGGUCCGUGUGGACAGCAACAACGAGAACUCGGUCCCCAAGGACUUCGAGAGCAUCGACAACAGUAACUUUGCGGAGCGUCUUCGGCCGAAACGUCACGCGUCCAGCAAGCGGCAGCAGGAGACGUCCGAGAAAAACAAGAACUCCAACGAGCUCGUACACAACGGGCUGAACCGUACGGGGGCGGGGCCGGGGCGGGAUUCCGCACUCACGCCAGUCCCUUCACCGCGGCAAAAAAGCCAACAGGUCAAGAAGCCGGGCGUCGGCCCGCCGGCUAUCAAGUAUGACCAACCGCCCAAAUGCGAGAUCACGGGCAAGGAGGCUAUCUCGGCUCUGUCGCGCGCUAAAACCAAGGAGUGCAGACAGCAGAUCGCCGAGGUGUACUGUCGACACAAAGACAAGCAGCUCAUGCCUGAGAAGGUCACUCGCUACUGCCCCCUAGAGGGUAAGGCGAGUGUGAACGUGCACUGGGAGGAGGACUCCAUGGAGACGGCGCCGGCCGUACCUGUGCGUAUCGCCUUCGUGCUGGUGGUCCAUGGCCGCGCCUCGCGCCAAGUGCAGCGCCUCUUCAAGGCCAUUUACCACACCUCACACUUCUACUACAUCCACGUGGACCAGCGCUCAGACUACCUCUACAGGCAGAUGCUAGCUCUGGCUAAGCGCUACCCGAACGUCCGCGUGACGCCCUGGCGCAUGGCGACGAUCUGGGGCGGGGCCAGUCUUCUCAGCAUGUACCUGCAGAGCAUGAAGGACCUCCUGGCCAUGAGCCACUGGCCCUGGGACUUCUUCAUCAACCUGAGCGCGGCCGACUACCCCAUCAGGACUAAUGAUCAGCUGGUGGCGUUCCUCUCCAAGUACCGCAACAUGAACUUCAUCAAGUCUCAUGGGAGAGAUAACGCUCGAUUCAUCAGAAAACAGGGCCUGGACCGGCUCUUCUUCGAGUGCGACACACACAUGUGGCGUCUGGGGGACAGGAAGAUCCCCGAAGGCAUCACCGUGGACGGAGGAUCCGAUUGGUUCCUGCUGAACCGCGCCUUCGUGGACUACGUCAUCAACUCCGAGGACGACCUGGUGACCAGCAUGAAGCGCUUCUACGCUUACACACUCCUGCCAGCCGAGUCGUUUUUCCACACGGUGCUGGAGAACAGUCCUCACUGCGAGAGCAUGGUGGACAACAACCUGCGGAUCACCAACUGGAACCGCAAACUGGGCUGCAAGUGCCAGUAUAAGCACAUCGUGGACUGGUGUGGCUGCUCCCCCAACGACUUCAAACCCUCUGACCUGCCCCGCUUCCAGCAAACGGCUCGGCCCACGUUCUUUGCGCGCAAGUUUGAGGCCAGCGUGAAUCAGGAGAUCGUGAAUCAGCUGGACGCCUUCCUGUUUGGAAGUUACCCUCAAGGCACGCCAGGACUCAAAGCCUACUGGGAGAACAUUUAUGAUGAACCUGAUGGUGUCCACAGCCUGAGCGAUGCCCUGCUCACCCACUACCAUGCCUUCGCCCGCCUCGGCCUGGCACGGGCUGCCAACUCCCUGCAAGGAGACGCCAACGACAACCGUUGUAGGUACUAUGCAAUGGGACAUCCUGUGGCUGUCCAUAUCUACUUCCUGUUUGAUGAGUUCCAGGGUUACCUGGUGAAGCAUCAUGCCACCAACCUGGCUACCAGCAAGCUGGAGACUCUGGAGACCUGGGUGAUGCCCAAGAAGUUCUUCAAGUUCACGAGUCCACCGAGCAGCUCCAACAGACUGCAGUACGCCGAGAUCGGGACAGACUGGGACGCUAAGGAGAGAAUCUUCCGCAAUUUCGGUAAUCUGAUGGGUCCGUUGGACGAGCUGGUGGGGAUGCAGAAAUGGGCCAAAGGGUCCAACGUGACAGUGACGGUGGUGUGGAUUGACCCCACAAACGUGAUCGCUGCCACCUACGAUGUCUUGAUUGACUCCACUGCUGAGUACACACACUACAGGCCUCCGCUAAAUACACCCCUGCGGCCCGGCAUGUGGACAGUCCGAGUGCUUCACCACUGGAACCCAGUGGCCGAGACCCGCUUCCUCAUCACACCGCUUACCCACCAUAAACACCUGCCCAUCCGACAAGACGAUGCCCUGAAGGUGCACAACGGCCCACCCAAGAACAGCUACAUGGAUCAGAGCUUCCACGGGCUCAACCCCAUCCUGAACAUCCCGGUGCGUUUGCGCGAGGUGGAGGAGGCGGAGCGUAAUGCUGGGUUGACGGGCAUGCGGUUGGAGCGCUGGGUGGACGGUCUGGUCGGCGAGGUGUGGGCAGCUGCGGACGUUUGCUCAGCGACGCCCUCCGGCUGUCCUGUCCUGCAGUCCUGCAGAGACACGGCAUGGAGCUCGCUCAGCCCCGAUCCCAAAUCACAGCUCGGGCCUCCCAAAUCCAACGGCACCAUAAGGUAGCAGGAACGCUACCCCUGCCCUGCAUCUCCUGCUGCAUCGCCUUCGUUUUGCUGUCAUAUAUUUUGUUUUUGAAUUAUUUAUUGUUUUUCACAUCGCUCAGACGAGCCUGAGCCGUACGGCCCUCCUCGGGCGCGGGGUGAGACAGCGUACACUGAGGAAUUUUAUUAUUAUUAUUUUUUAAAGCAGAUCUUUAUGAAGUGCUGUUUCAGACUCAGUCAUAUGAGUGCAAUUGAGCUUUUUUUCUAUUUAUUUAGGUUUGAGAAUUAUAAUAACUGUGAUUUAAAUAUUUGUUAAACUUGAUCGAAAAUUUUUUUGAAUAUUAAGAUGCCUUUCGCACGGACUCUGCUCGGGACAUUUGCAAGCACAGGACGGACCUCAACAUACUGUAGGUACUGUGACCAAAAGGGAUGCGUUUAGUGUAAGGCUUUUCAUCUACACAGGUAUUCACACACACACACACAUCCAUGCACAUAUUACCCCGCAGUCUGUGCAGAAGUGUCCAUAAAAUACUAAACUGCGGCAUGAAAGGCUGCGCGAUGGGAGUCUCCAGCUGCCCGCAGUCGGCGGGGCGUGGCGCUCUGCCUCCGGCCACAGUGGCUCCUCACGGGCCCGUCUGAAGAAUCGAACAUUGGGUUAAUUGCCAAGUUAAGUUGAGCUGGGCCACACUUCACAUUUCACGAGUGCAGGAGCUGAAAGCAGAAUGUGUGUGGGAAGGCUCUUGGAACUGCCAGGCCGCCUGUCUGUCUGUCUGUCUGCCUGUCUGUCUGU